GGAGAGGGAGAGACCCACACACACACACAGAGGGAGAGGGGAGCGGAAGAGAGGCAGAAUCACAGGAAAGCGAGUCUGUGUUUGCGCGUUACGCUGUUUUUAGCUCGUGCGUAAAAGGCGCGAAUCAAACUAACGCGCUGCUCGUGUUCUCGUUUUUUUCCUCGCCUUGAUGUGUUUGUGAAUGUGUGUGUGUGUGUGUGUGUGUGAGUGUGUGUGCAGUCCGAUGAUCAGACUGGACGUGAAUCGGACUGAAGACAAAGAUCGGACUGUGCUCCGUGGAUCUGCUUUUCCUCUGGAAAUCACCGCGACUCCGUGUUUGUGACGCGCAGGAGAAUCGGGGAGAAACCCCGUGUUCACCCUCAUCUUCAUCACCUUCGUCACCGCUGCUGUGAUUUGGUUACAGUCGCGUGCAGCUGCUCUUUCUCCUCAUUCCGUCUCGUGUCUUUUAGUUUUCUGUUAUUUUUCGAAAAUGCGGAGGAAACUUUUUGAGGAUGAAGAGGAUCAGCGGAGUCUUCCUCUGGCUCCUCAUCAGCAGCACGUCUGCUGGCUUUUGUCUCAGUAAAUGUUGCGGAGUGAGCGGACACGAGCCCGGACCUGGAUUAUGAUGACUGUGCACUGAUGAAGAUGAAGAUGAAGAGUGUGUCUGUCGCUCACGGUCUGUAGUUUAUUCCGCUGAUUGUGUGAAUGAUUCAAACACGGAGCCUCGUGCUGCUGUGACGCCGUGAACCUCCGCCCUCAGCCCGGCUGUGAACCGGAGCCUGGACUCGCUGUGAGUGAGUGUGUGUGUGCGUGUGUGACACUGUGUGUGUGCGUGCGUGAGAGAGCGAGUAGCAGACAGACAGACAGACAGACAGACAGACACCCAUCAUGGAGGAGUGGAGACAAUGUGGCCGCUGGUUGAUCGACUGUAAAGUUCUGCCUCAGAACCACCGGGUGGUGUGGCCCUCAGCGGUCGUGUUCGAUUUAGCUCAGGCUCUCAGAGACGGAGUUCUUCUGUGCCAGAUGUUACACAACCUGUCACCGGGAUCCGUGGACCUGAAGGAGAUCAACUUCAGACCUCAGAUGUCACAGACUGGGAGGAAACACAAGUCUACUUUGUGGUUUGAUUAGAGGUUUGGACAGAAGACGUCGUCCCACCACACUCUUCCUUCAUUCCUGGAAAACUCUCUGCAGCCAUUUCAGCUCUUUCACAUUUCCAACACCAACACGAGGAAACGCCGGGUGCCACAGGAAGUUUGUAUAACCACAGAGCGCUGCAGCCAGGACAGCACAGACUUUACUCAGUCUACAGUAUGUCACUGAGUCUACAGUAUGUCACUGAGUCUACGGUAUGUUACUGAGU